CGGCGGAUGCGAUUGUCCGCAACUCGCCCGAGGCGGUGAUGGGCGACACCUUGCGGCUUGCAACUUGGCCUGCUACCACCACCCUCCACCAUGGCCUCUUCGGCGUCGUCUCUAUCUCUGCACGAGAAAACGAGAGUCGAGGACUACCUGAACGACAAGAUCCAGGUCUCGGCGGAUUUUGAAAGUCUAGACUCGUUACUUUCGAGUCUCCGUGCCCAACAUGAGCUGCAGCGGAAGCAGCUAGCAGAAGCCCAGGAGGUCCUAUCCAAUGCCACAAAGACCUCCAAUGACCACGCAGAAGCCACCCGAAAGCGAGCCGAGGCGUUUAAGGAGCAGCAGGCCGACAUCGACCGGCGCCUGAAAGCCAUCACGAAGUCGGAUGCCAGCGAUGAGGCUGCGAAACGAUUUGAGGAGGGAAUAGAAAAGCUGCGGCGGCUUGAGAUAUCAAGAGGCUAUGUGACGCUACUCAAGGAGGCAGAGGAGCUGAGCAAGGAAGCCUUGAAAAAUAUCCAGUCUGUCCCUCAGCUAGCCAUCGAGCCCUACACUCGACUCCGAAAUAUCGUUCAAUCGUUGGUCGAAGCCCAGCCUGCAGCAGAAGGCGCCGCGCCCCAUCUGGUUGACUACAUAGGAAGACUAGCAUCGGCACUCAGGGAACAAUUGAAGAGCGACUUUACCAGGCGACUCCAAGGAACGUUGGAGCAAAUGAAAUGGCCAUCAAAGGAUCUAAAUUUCCCAGAGGACUUGAAGUCACAGUGGAAAACAAACGUUGAGUUGCUUCUCGACCUCCAGACUCCGGAACUGAAGAAUCGCAAUGUUGCCUCAAACCAGCAGAACGUCGAACCGACUAUUUUACUGCCGCUGGAAGUCAUGGUCCACCCCCUGGAGCUUCGCUUUAAAUACCACUUUAGUGGCGAUAAACCGACCAACAGACUCGACAAGCCGGAAUACUUCUUGUCGCAUGUAUUGGAUCUGGUUAACAACUUCGGGGGUUUCUUCAUCUCCUCCCUCCAACCCAUCUUCGAUGAAAAAGCCCAAGCCGUCGGAUCCGAUUUGGAGUGGAACUUCAAUAACGCCUCGCAUGCGUACAUUACGGCUCUUCUGCCGAUGCUGAGGCAGAAAAUAAUCACGUUUCUUCCUCAAAUCUCCGAGCAUCCCCAACUUUUGAGCCACCUGGUCCAUGAGUUGAUGACUUUCGACAACGACAUCCGCGAGGGUUGGAACUACCUCCCAGACCCCUACAGCCAGGAGAACUGGAAGGGGAUUACCUGGGAUGUCCUGACCAAGGGAGGCUGGUUCGACCGCUGGCUUCAGGUCGAGAAGGACUUUGCGCUGGCUCGCUACAAGGACAUUGUGGAUACACCAGACAGUGGUCAUAUCGACUACGAUGGUGUCGAGUUCUCAGUGACCAAGCCCACCAAAGCAGCCAUUCGCGUGAAUGACCUGCUAGAGACCAUCACCGAUCGGUACCAGCCAUUAUCUUCAUUCAGCCAGAAGCUGCGUUUUCUCAUCGACAUUCAAAUUACAAUCUUCGACCAAUUCCACGAACGCCUGCACUCCGCUCUAGAAGCCUACCUUGCAAUGACAUCUACCAUCGGUCGCACCGUGCAAGGGACAGACGGCGCCAGCGUGGAAGGAGUUGCAGGUCUGGAACGGCUUUGCAGGGUCUUCGGAAGCGCCGAAUAUCUGGAGAAGAAGAUGGAAGACUGGAGCAAUGAGGUGUUCUUUGUCGAGCUUUGGUCGGAGCUUCAAGAGCGGGUUCGGCAGAAUCGUGACGGAGGCAAGAACGUCGCCGGUUCAAUGUCAGUGGCGGACGUCGCCUCUAGGACCUCUCCGGCUGUCAAUCACGGCUCCGAAGCCAGCGACCACAAAGGCGCGACUUCCGACGGAGCCCUCUUUGAUGAGACCGCUUCUGCGUACCGUCGUCUCAGACUCCGGUCAGAAUCUAUCAUUACGUCGACUCUGACCUCUAACGUGCGAUCUGCGCUGAAGCCGUACUCUCGCGUCUCAACCUGGACGACUAUCUCGGUCCCCUCAACGUCCUCCACCGGCCCUCUCCCCCCGUCUUCUGAUCUCACACCUGCUAUGCGUACCCUGUCGACCGAGAUCUCGUUCCUGUCUCGCACAUUAGGCAUUGCCCCCUUGCGCCGGAUCAUCCGACAGGUCCUCCUCGCCAUUCAAACGUAUCUCUGGGGCACGAUCCUCAUGAAGAACACCUUCUCCGCGGCAGGCGCAGCGCAACUCAUCAGCGAUGUCGACCAUCUCUGCAACGUGGUCGACGUAGCUCUCGGCCCAGCGACCCCAGCAGGGGGCUCCGCGAAGGUCUUGCAGAAACUGACCGAAGGUCUGCUUCUUUUGGGACUGGGUGCCCAUGCGACAUCGCAGCCUGAAGACGAGCCAGGCUCUUCAAAAGCCACUGAUCCUCUCGCUGGAGGUAGCGACGCUGGACUCGGCCUGUGGGCGGUGGAGAAGAGGCUCUUCAAAGACAACGAAAGCGCCAGGGAGGUUCUCUCCGAGCUGGCAGUGGAAACUCUCGCAGAGUCGGAGGCUCGGAGCGUGCUAGAGAGGCGCGUCGAGAUCGGUAAUUAGUUAACAAGGCGCUGUUGUUGCCUGAUGACUUUACGAGAGCUGGCGUGAUGUGAUAGAAAUCAUAUG